CCGUAAACAUUCCACAUUUCCCAAACACGCCCUUUCACGACAUAGAUUCAGCUCAUAAUUUUCCUAAUCCGUACGAAUCGAAAACCUUGGAAUCAGGGGAGAAAAAUCACACACCCACACUCAAAUUUGUGUUCAACAAUUUAUGAUUUGAUGAUUGAUUGAAAUCUUAUUCAAAUGAGGGGCUUAUUGAUUCCGCUGUUUUUCGUGAUCUUGAUUUUAGCUGUUGUCGUUAGAGCUUCCUCAAGCUCUGACCCGGAUCCGGAUUCGGAUAAUCCGCCGUUGCCGUUGACUGCCAAACACGAGACAGCAAUAUUGGCUGCUCCUGAUGGAACGGUAUAUUUAGUGGAGAUUGGUUCUGGGAAAAUUCUCUGGUCGUUCUCAUCUGGCCCGUCAAUUUAUUCCUCGUAUCAACAAAUCCCCAACCACGAAGGAGAAAAGCUCAACACAUCUUCUGAUGGCGAUAAUUUCUAUAUAGAUUGUGGGGAAGAUUGGGAACUCUACUUACAUGGAACUGGCCUUAAGAAAGUGAAGCUCCCAAUGAGUGCUGAAGAAUUCGUAAAGCGCACUCCGUUUGUGUCGGCUGGUGGUGGGAUUAUGCUAGGAUCAAAAAAGACUUCUGUUUUCGUCGUGGAUGCUAAAACUGGAAAGGUUGUUCGCACUUUAAGGUCAGAUAACCUUUCCUCGGGUGAGGAUCGUGGUGCUGAUGAAACUUCGAUUAUGACUAGAGCCGACAUCGAAAAAUGGUUGCCUGCAAGUUCUGUGGAUGCCGAGGCCGUUGAGAAGCCGCUUUAUCUUACCAGGACUGACUACGCAGUGAAGUAUACGUCUGCGAAAACGGGAGAGGUUCUAUGGUAUCUAAUGUUUGCUGACAUUGAAGCGUCGUUUCAGUGUGAAGGAAUUGAAGAUUUCUUGGGGGGGUUUUCGGGAAGAGGGAUUGAUAUGAAGCUGCCAAUGCCUUGUCAGACACGGCCUCUAGUCUACCGUAUCCGUGACCUUGCUAAUACACUAAAAUUCCAACACCUCCUCGAGGCCCUAGAGAACACAGGGAAAGCCGCGUUGGACGGGAAAUGGGACGAGAGGAUGGAACCUGCCUUCAUCAAUGACAUUGGGCGCUUCCGGCGAUACAGGUACGACAGCGUGCGUGAUCUGCUGCGCGUGAUUCGGAACAAGUUGAAUCACUACAGAGAGCUUCCAAGGGAGAUUCAAUCAAUUUUGGGGUCAGUUCCCGAAGGAUUCAACACUUAUUUCUCAACUAGAUUUCCUAAGCUCUUGAUUGAGGUGUAUCAUGUGAUUCGUUGUCAUUGUGAGAAUGAAGAAACAUUUGGCAAGUAUUUUAGAGGUAGUGGAUUCUGACUUAGAUCUUGCAAUGUAACAUUGUUGUAACAAAAUUUGUACAUGUAAUGUAACUAAUAUAAUUAAUAUGGUAUAGGGUUGACAGUUUUGGACAUUA